ACCAGUCCUCCCUUCUCUCCCAUGUUUCCUGACCCCUCCACACACACACAUCAUAGGCUGCUAACAAACAUAAGGACAACCUAGGGCUUGAUUUGCUCUUUUGACAGCCUAGCCGUGUGUUUUUUCCCUUCCCUGCUGGUACUCGGUCCCAGUUGGUGGUGUAUUGUUUUUUCUCAUAUGUCACUUUAAGCAACAGGUGCCAUUUUUUUGCUGCUUUGUAGGAGCCCUGGCACAAACGCGAGUUUUAUUGGGACUCUAACAGGAAAGGCACACUGAGACACAGUGGUGUUUCGAUUGGAAAACUAUUCCGGACCCGGGGAAUUGACUCUUGAGAUUGUGUUUUCAGCCUGUUAGUGCAUGAGAGAGAUGGAAGCACGGUCCACCACCACGACUACCAUAGUAGAGGCCAAAAAUGACGUGAGCUCACAUUCGAUACGUUCGUCCAAGCGAACCAUGACUGAUGACCUGUACUCCACGUUCAGCUCCCCCAUGGCCUGGAUCCUCGUGCUGGCUCUUAUCAUAACCUGGUCAGCCGUGGCCAUCAUUAUGUUUGACCUGCUCGACAGCAAGAGUCUUGAAGCCCAUACAUUAUACUGUGACGACCCCUGUUUACCACCUGGACCUCAGCCACAUCGUGUCAGGAAAACAUUAAAGGAAGCAGGCAGCCUUAGAGGAAGUAUUCACCACAUCAGCCCUGAAAAAGCGGUGAGCGAAGCCAUGGAUGACUCUUCCGACUGGAUUACAUCCAUCUUGACUUUUAUGACUAAUUUGGUAGCGCCAGAAGAAGAAGAGGAUGAAGGCGAGCGUCAUUUUGUGAAGAAAAAAGGAGAAUUCCUGCCACCGAGGAAAAAAGUUACAGAAAUAUGGGCCAAGGAGAUGUUAGAAGAGGAAGGGGAAUACUUGGAGGAAGAAGAGGAGGAGGAAGAGGAUGAUAUAGCUACUGAUGAAGAACAGGAGGAGGAGGAAGAAGACUAUGAGGAAGAAGAGGAAGAAUUUGAUGAGGAGCUUGAGGAGGAGGAAGAAGAAGAGGAGGAGCUUGAGGAAGAAGAAGAAGAGGAGGAGGAGCUUGAGGAGGAAGAGGAGAAAGAGCUUGAGGAAGAAGAUGAGGAGGAAGAAGGGGAGAAAGAGGAACCUGAAGUAAAGGUGGUGAAGGAGGAGGAAGAUGAAGAGGAGGCAAAAGAAGAGGAGGAAGAUGAAGAGGAAGCUGAAGCAGAUGAGGAGGAAGAAGAGGAAGCUGAAGCAGAGGAGGAGGGGGAAGAUGAAGAAGAAGCAACAGAAAUUGCUGCUAAGAAAAAGAAGAAAGAGGAAACUGGAGCAAAGGAGGAGGAAGAAGAUGAAGAAGAGGGAAAAGAAGAUGAGACUGAGGAAAAGGAGGAAGAGGAACCUGAAGCAGUUGAGGAGGAGGAUGAAGAGAAAGAGGAGGCUGAGAAAAAGGAGAAAGAGGAGGCUGGAGCAGAGGAGGAGGAUGAAGAUGAAGAGGAGGCUAAGGAAAAGGAGGGAGAUGAAGCUGGAACGGACAAGGAAGAAGCUCCAGAGGAGGAAGAUGAAGUAAAGGAGGAAGAGGAAGCUGGAACAGACAAGGAAGAAGAAGAAGAAAAGGAGAAAGAAGAAGCUGUAGUCAAGGAGGAAGAGGAAGAUGAAAAGGAGGAAUCUCCUUCUGCUGUUCCUGAAAAGAAAGCUGCUCCAAUCCCUGCAGAACCUGCUGUGGAGAAAGAAGAAGCUCAUGUUACUCCUAAAGAAGCUGAGGAAGCUGAGGAAGCCGAUGAAGCGGAUGAUGACAAAGAUGAUCACACCCAAGAAGAACCACCAGCUGGUAAAGUCACUCCGGCUGAAGAUACAGAGAAACAAGUUGAUGAAGCAGAGACACCUAUCACAAUGGCUCCUACUGUAGACCAUGACCAAAAAGAUGACCAAAGUGAGGAGAAAGAUGAUGAAGAUGAUGUCCAAGAUGCCACUAUCGCCAUUGCUCUUGGUAUUGUAGCUGAGGUUGAAGAACAAGCAACUGGUGAGGAACCUAUACUUAUUAAAGCUGAUGGUGCUGCGGCAAAAUUAACAGCUGUAGAGGAGAGCGCUGCUAAAGCUGACAACUCACAAGAUAGCUUAAGCACUGCUGAUAUCGCAUCUGAUGAUGAUGAGAUAGCUAAAGAGUUAGAAGGUGAGACUGGUAUCAGACUGAAAGAUGCUGACUCUGAAAAAGAUACACCAUGUAAAGAUGAGGGUGCUGUUGAGGAACCUGAUGAUGGUGUUGCAGAAAGGAAAGAGGUAAAUAAGGAAGGAGAGGAUCAGAUAAAUGCUGAGGAUGAAGAUGAUGUUCUUAAAGUAACAGCACCUGUAGUUAGUCCUGAAGCAGGUGAAGAUGAGAAAGCAAUGGUGGCUGAUGAAGAUGGCUCUUCGCCCAAGAAAGCUCCUGAAGCUAAAGACACUGAAGAAGUGGACACAGAAGAAAUGGCUGAAGACAUAGAAACCCUGAAAGAAGAGGAGAAAGAUGAAAAGGAAGAAAGUGCAGAGCGAGAGGAAACUGCAGAAAAAGCAGCAGAACCAGAACCGGUCACUAAGGCCACAGCCGAGGAGGUGAAAGAAGCAGCAGCUGAGAAACCUGUGGCAGAGGCUGAAAAAGAAGACAAGCAAAAAGAGCCCUCUACCUGUCCUUGCAUGCAUUCACAAAUACAUAAAGAGCCUCAGAAAGCCCAAGACAGUAAACCAAAAGAAGAAAAAGCUGAACCUGACAGAGUGAAGAAAAGAGCUAAAAGAGUCACCAUAGAGCGCAAAAAAGCUGACACCAAGAAAAGGGAGACUCUGCUUAAACAGAGAAAAGAAAAAGAGGCUCCAGUAAGAACAAGACUAGAAAAAGCAAAGAAAGCUCCAAAAGCAAAGGCAGCAGCUGUCAACAUACCCAAAAAGAGAUUCAGACCCUCAGAGGACAUGGAAGUGUCAGCUGCUCCAGCUCCGAUACAGGAGCUUCCUAUGUGCCGACCAACGCCUGUGUACUGCCCAGCGCCCCCUGGCUGGUAUGUUCAUCAUAUAGUUACCAGUAGCCCAUUGCCACCAUCGGCUAUUCCAGAAUCCGAAAUUCCCAUUUUAACAACUCAUCAAGCUCCCACUAUAUUGAAAGAACCAGAAGAUGCAAAGGAAAAGCCUAAACAAGCUGCUAAAAAGAAAGAACCAGCUCCUUCGAAAGAAAAAGUUAAAGCAGCUCCAGCGAAAAAAGAACCCACAGUUACUAAACCUAAAGUAAAACCUACAGUGGCAAAGAAAGAGCCAAUAGCUGUGAAAGCGAAGCCUAAAAAGACAGAGCGAGUGAUCACUAAAGAAAGGGCAAAACCUUCCUCUACUAAGAGAGAGCCAGCAGUAACAAGGAAGGCAAAAGUUACAGCAACAAAAUACAAAGAAGAAAAAUCUGCAAAGGUAGUCAAGCCCACUGCAGAGAAAGAAAAAUCUGCAAAGGUAUUGAAGCCCACUGCAGAGGUUAAGAAGAAGUCUACAUCAAUGCCUAAAGCCAAACAAGCCAUUAAAGAAAAAGUUGCAGAAAAACCUGAACCUGCUGAGAAGAAAACAUCUGAAGAAACCAAAGAGGAACCAGCAGCUGAAGCACCAGCAGCAGCCAAAGAGUUGAAAGUGGAAGAAAAUGUGACGGAGGGCAAAAAGCCAGGCAAGAUACCAUACUUCCAGUGUGUUUUAAUGAGUUCAAAAUCCAGUCAGUAUCCGCUGCGACCCAUGUCCCCUGCUAUGAGUCCAGCUAUUAACCCCACCAUGAUGAGAGCCAUGAUGGAGCAGCGGGCAGCGUUACUGCAGCAGAAAGCCAGAGCAGGCGGUCAGUAGCUGGAUGACAGACCCAUCCAGCCCGGGCACUAAAAACUGCUUAUGAACUGCUGUAAACACAGAGCUGCUGCUGUUAUCUAAGCUAUCCACUUAGACCAUAACAGAUACUUAACAAAUUAUGGAUGUUUUCCAGUCCUCCAUCAAAUGGCAUUUGAAUUAGAUCAUAUUUUUUUAAAUUUUGACAAAAAUGAAUAUGCAAUUACAUCAAAACAAAAUAAUCAAUGUACAUUUGGGAAUAUAUUUAAUGCAUAAAUGCCUGUCAAAAAUGUGUUAGUGGUUAGAUUUAUUUUAUUAUUAUUAUUACUAUUAAUAAUGAAGAUCUUAAAUCAUCUGUUUACAUUCGUUGCAGGGAAAAUGAUAUAUGUUUUUUUCUUAUUGUACAUAAGACUCCUCAACGCCAGAGCAAAUUUAGAACUGCUUUAAUUAUUUAAGCAUUGCUCUAAUUACUCGAGAUAUUUAUUUUUCUAUGUCAGAGUAUAUGAUCCCAUUACAGAAAGAAAUCUAGCAGUGCACAUUCACUAAGGGCCCUUAUCUUUCGGUCCAGGCCAUUUCCUGCUAAUAAGAUUAUGUGUAGUGUGUCUGGGUUCUACCGGGGUCUGCAAUCUUUCUGCAUUUGUAUGCAUGGCCAUUAGAAAACAGGAGGACGCCAUUUGGACCGAAUCCGAUUCCUAUCUUAGCCAAUGAGAAGAUCCUCAUAGAAUUGAAAGAGACAUUAAGAAAUGAAGGCACACGAAAGCCAACAGCCACUAAAUAAUGAAAAGCUUUCUCUGUAUACUUGACUAAGACUUCUCGAGUAUAUGUCUUUAGUUAAUUGAAACUCUUAACUGGGAGUUCUUAGAUGUACUGUAGUUAAUUCAAUAGUGUAUGUCUAUGUUGACGUUUUAUGCACAGGUUAAGCCAAAAGCAAUUUUGCUACUUGUGUACAGUUAAUGUAUACAGUGUUUUACAGUAUUUAUUUUAUUAUUCUAGAUCAGUGGUCUUCAUAAUUUUUAAAACUGCAAGAAUCUCUUUGUGAAUAUAAAUGGUAAAGCAUUUGCAUUUUAAGCAUGGCCUAAAGUCUAAUGCAGGGCUAUUCAAUUAGUUUGUCAUGGGGGCCCAUGUCAAAAGCAUCCCAAAUAAGGGGCCGGAGAGAUAUGACUUGCAAUACGAGUGAUGACAGAACAGCAUAUAAGAGCCCAUAUGUUGUAUUUUUGCUCCUAAAGACACCCAUGUUGGAUUUUCUAUAUUAAAAUGUUAAUAUUUUGUAUUUGAAACUACAUAAUAUCAGUGCAUUGUACAAUGUGGCUUUUUUUACAAACAUAUUUACAUUUUGUAUUUCAAAACACACCAAAAGCAAUGCAUUGCUUUAGUCUUCUUCUACGUUCAGAUACAUUCAUAUGUUAUGUUUUAUACUGCAUAACAAUUAAGGAUGCAAAGAUUAUAGAUUUUGAUUGUCUGAAGAAUAAUCAUUGUUUCACGGUUUUCAUGUCUAAUGUUAUUUUAAGCCAAAGAAUAGCUAAGUAUUUUAAUUAACUGUUGUUAUCAUUUUGGUUCAUACAAACAUAAACAUUUUAAUAAUUUGUAAUAAUUUGUCUAACAUAUCUUUUGUUUACAUUGCACUGAAAGCCAUGCUACAGUGUGAGAUGUUUUCUACUGGGCGUCGCUCCACUUACGCAUGUAUAUUGGCAUAUAUUCUUACAUUGGAAAUAAAUUUGCUCGCGGAAAAGACACGAUAUGAGAACAGCGCGCUGCUAUAGUUAAUCCCGUGUGCGUGCGUAUUAGCCUUGGUGUAUAAGUUCGGAACUUUAAACUAGCGCACAUGUGGCAUAAGCUUUAGUUGCAGCAGUUUUAUUCCGUGCAACAGAAACGCGGCGUUGAGAAGCCUUUAAGAUAGAUUAACCGUGACGAAUUAAAGUGCAGUUAAUAAUGAAAUCAGCUAAUCAUUGCAUCCCUAAUAACGAUAUCAGUGCAUUGAACAAAAGGUCUUUUCUACAAACAUAUCCAAAUGUUUUUGGCUGGUCGCAACACUCGCUUAAUGUCAGAUGAUUCACCCUCUGCACAGCCUUCAACUGCAGCUCGUGCUUUAUUGAACAGACGCAUGUCACUUCAUAACUAUAGCGGCCAUUUUUCGACUGAACUAAAUUUAUUUUUGAUGGUCACGCUAUUUGGAGGGCCAGAACAAAUUGCCUUGGGGGCCAAGUUCUGCGGGCCGCCAAUUAAAUAGCCCUGGUCUAAUGUGUAUGGCACAAUACUGUAUUUGCAUACGUUGUUUUGUUUAUCGCAUGGAAUAGGCAUGAUUAUUAAAAAUAUUUUAAAUAAAAAAUGAAAUAGACUAAACUUAUUUCUUAUUUUAACUUAUUUUAAGUUCUGAACACUUUCUGAAUUUCUGUAACCCACAAUGUUAGCAAACAUGUAAUGAAACAAAAUGAUAUUAGGGCUAUGAUAUUGGCAACCAUGCACCCUCUUUUUUAUGUUUUAGGUUGGUUUAUUUACUCAAUUUAUAUUUAUAAUUGUAUUUAUUUAUUUAUUGUUCUGCUUUUAUGUUCAUGCUCUGUAUUUGAUAUUUAUCUGCAUUAUUUGCAAAUAAGAAAAUAAAUAAAAAGUUUAAAUCGUAACAAAUUAAACAGAUAUUUAGAAUUAAAUAAAAUAUAAAUAUUGAUUAUAACCAAUAUAAAUAAAUUCAUGGUUCGUGUUCUAGUAGCUUACUUUAAAUAUACUUAAAUUUUUGAUACGUUACUGGGACAAUUAAUUAAUUAUUAUAAUUAUUAAUAAUUAUGCUAGACCGUGCUUACAGGAUUUGCCAACCCUUUUUAAGGGUACAAAAGUAUGAAAAGAUGAGACCAUUGCAAAAAUAAAAAGGCAUGUAAAAAAAUGCUCAAUCGGAUCCUGCAGAUCAAAAGUCAGCACCAUGAAUUUAUAGUUCUUUCAUUUAAACAUUUGACUUCAAUCACAAAAGCAGCAAAACAGUUCACUUCAAGAAGCAUUUUUUGUCUCCUUAUUUUGAAUUUGUGAGACUUUUUUGUUCAUUUUGCCAGCAUCUUUGCUUUAAACUGUGUUAAAAUUCUUUAAUUCAGCCACUACCUUUUGAGUACUAAAAUGUGAUUACAAGCUGAUAAAUUAAAGGAUCUCUAAAUAAAAAGAAAGCAGUCCUACUGAAGAAGACACCUUUUCUAGAAAACACUGUACUGUAAAACACAGUAGCAGAAUAAUAACAAUGUACUUGUUGAUGAAAUUACUUUGACCAACCGUGAUUUUUUGAAGAUGGUGAUCUGAGGUCACUGUCAAUUCUCGAAGGCAUCUUGUUCCUGUAAACUUUGCUCUGAAAAAUGCAAAUAUUGCAGGUAUGACAAUUUAUUACCCAGAAAUACAGUGUCUUAUCCAAGAGCACACUAGCGUAUUAUUCUUUAUUUUCAGAAACUUAAGGAUUGGUAUGAUCUAAAAUUUAUUUAAGGUUGUCAAAAGUACCAGCUUUGAUACCAAUCAGUACCGAUUCUGAAAUGUAAAAAAUGUGACAAUACCAGCAUAUACCACUUGUAUUUUGAGCUCUGCAGAGUGGAUUCUUGAACACUGUUGAUUGAUAAGUUCAACUGCUCAAACAUGACUGUGAUUGGCUACAAUGACCACCGCUUCAAGCUCAUCACUAAACACUUACACAGAUACAAACUGGAGCAUUUCAAAGCUGCAUCUAUCUGUUUAUCUAUUAGUGUGUGAAUUUUACACUGACUUUUUUUUCAGUAGUUGAUGUAAUACAGAUGCAUGCUUUCGUGAACCAAAUUAAUUAAUUUUAAUCAAUCAUCUCAUUGGUCAAUCAAAAGAUUUCAGUAUUUUGAGGGAAAAGAAGUGGAUUCUGACGUAUAGUGAUCUGGGUUAUUUCAACAGUAUACAGUAUGGGUUAUUUUAACUGAUGGGUUAUUCUCAAAGAUGAACUGUAUUUAAAAUGCAGAAUUUUGCUGAAUGAUGACAAGUUUGCAUUUCUUUACAAAUAAAUGGAACAUCAUAAAAGACCAUGCUAUCCAUUUUACUGGUUAACUUCCUUGUGCAAGCAUUGGCACCUAUUCAAAUACACACCACACUGUAAAAAUGCUGGGUUCUAUACAAUCAAUUUGUGUUGGAAAUAAGUUAACUUGUUAGUUUUAACAAAUAUUGUGGAUUGAACAUAAAAGAAUUAGGUUGUCUCAAGAAACCUCAAGAAUUGUGUUGUAUUUUUUUGGCAUUUUCACCUUUAUUGGACAGGACAGUAUACAGUAUUGACAGGAAAGCAUGGGGAGCAGAGAGAGGGGAAGUAUCGGCAUAGGACUGCGAAGCAAGAAUCGAACUCAGGUCGCCAUGAGCACCGAAGUCCACGUGUUGACGCACUAACUACUACAUCACUUAUUUUAAAUAAGUAGUUUAAACAAACAUCAAAUAAUUUAAAAAAAUAAAUAAGUGUUUGAGUCUAAUUUUACUUGCACGUUUAGGCUAUAUGUAGAUACAAACACCUAUUUUGCAAAAAAAAGUGUGUUUUGAACAUUUAUUGUGCAUUCACAGCACCCCCGGUGAGAGCGUCAAAGUAGCCAGAAGCAUUUUGGAUGGUGUGGGCAUCGAGGAGAGUUGAAAUCAGGUCACCUUUACACUCAAAAAAGUAUUUUUGUUGCUUGUUCACACUACUUAUUUAAAAUGAGCUGAAUCAACACAAUUCUUGAGAUUUUUUCUGGGAGGGAACUUAAUCGUUUCAUGUUCAAUCCACUAAAAUUUAUAAAAACUAUUAAGUUAAACUAAUCGAUUUAUGUUGGGACAACAUGAAGGAAUUGUAUGAAAGCCAGCAUUUUUUACAGCGUAUGUUAAUAAGUUGUGUACAAGUGUACAAGUCCACUGCUUGAGAAGGUUCCAGAGAAUGAAGUCCAAUAAUUUUAUGUUCCGACCACUUUAGUUUCAAAGCAAAACGAAAGCAGAGAUUAAUUAUUGCUGUGCCUGUUAACAGUUUGUAAUUUAGGAUGUGCACAAAUUGAGAAUAAUGUGAAGAUCAAGGCUAUUAACCUUCUUCUAUAAACAUCAUGUUGAAAUCAGACUAGCACUUAAACAUCUAGAUCUGCCAGUGGUCAGACUUUCAGAUUUACCUGUAAAGCCUGCUGGACAUGAUGGUGUAUAUUUAUAUUACCUGUUAUAUGUAUUAAUACUAUUAUUAUUUAAAAUACUGAUCAGUAACUAUUUUCCAUCUUUUUAAAGAGCAGACCCAGGUCUUGUUUUGACGUUCGUCAGGGGAAUCAAACCCCUGCAAUUUGCAACCUGGUCAAUGAUUUUCUCCCAUAUCUGCUCGUGGACAGAUACUACAGUAUGAUAAUUGCAGCUUUUAACUGGAGCCAAUCAAAGUCAUAUCUGUUGAGCAUGUGAACUCAAUGGCCAAUCAACAGUGUCUAGAGACCUGCUCAACAGCACACAAUAGUAAGAAAUGGACAUUUCAUUAUCCGAUAGAGUGGAAACAAAUCUAAAUGACAAGAAUGAUAGUGAACAGCCGGCUGUAUUUUUAAGUGCCUCUGUGCAUAUGAGCUACAUAUGGCCAUGGAAAGACUACAUGAUGUUGGUACAGUAUGUAGUGAUUGCAGCAGAAGGCUGUCUCUCUUUAAUCAGGACAUAGUGAGACAGAUAGCUGUAUCUGUGUGACUUUGAACAGAAAAGUAGGACACGAAAUCAUCCCACUUUGAAGAUACAGCAUGUAAAGAGGAUGUCAACUUGACUGUGGAUAUUCCUUAUAUCUAUCUAUAUAUCUAUCUAUAUAUCUAUAUAUCUAUCUAUAUAUCUAUAUAUCU